GGCUGGGCUGCAGCGGGCGGCGCCGAGGCGUCCCGCGGGGCUGGUGCCGCCCGCGGCCCCGGGGAAGUGGCUCCGCGGGCAGCGACUCUCCGGUCGGGCCGCGUCUGGCUUCUCCGGAGCCAACCGGCCUUCGCGGGCGGCUCCCGAGUCCUCCCGCUGCGGGCGUCGGCGCUGCGGGGCUUCGCCGGGCGCGAGGCCGGGGUCGCGGGCGGCGGACGCGCCGCGGAGCGCCCCCGCGCGGGGUCGAAGCGGCCCCGAGUGCGGCGAUCCCGCGGCUUCCGGAGAGCUAAUUUGAAAGGAGACAGACGACCUCUACAAAGGCGUGUGGAAGCCUCUCUCAGUCUGCGUAACUGUGCAAGCAGCGAAGGGAAAAUUGGUCCCCAACAGAACUAACGAAAAUUGAAGCAGGUUUAUGUGUGUGUCAUCGGCUCUACCCAGAAGUCCAAGAAUCCUCCUUUGAAUCGAAGGGCUGUGUGCCUCUCUUGAGAGGAUGACUUUUCAGUUUAAUUUUACUAUCGAAAACCAUCUGGAAAAUGAAUCCACACCCCCUGGAGAUGGAGCUUUGGCCCUGGAUUCCUCCGAAGAGUCUUCAGUCUCAGAGAGUAAAAAAGGUCCACAUAGGGACAGAAGACGUUCUGCAGAACAGCUUGAGUGGCCUCAGAAUCAUUUGUUGGAGCAUAAGCCAGUGGGCAGCGCAGCUCCCUCUCAAGACACAGACGGCUCAGUCAGGGCAGCAAACAGCUCACGUAACCUGGAGCCCCAUGAAAACCAUCGCUGCAUGAGAGUGGCCAAAGAGCAUCCUAUGCCCGAAGAUGAAACAAAAGUGCUAGAAAACAAAGUCGUCGAAACAUUACCAGGUCCCCAACAUGUUAAUGUAUCCGUCGUGAAAACUGUCUUGUUGAAAGAGAACGUCCCUGGAGAAAACGUAGUGUCACAAAGCAUUUCUUCUCACUCUGAUCUGAUUUCAGGGGUUUAUGAAGGAGGCUUAAAAAUCUGGGAAUGUACCUUUGACCUACUGGCUUAUUUCACAAAGGCCCAAGUAAAAUUUGCUGGGAAGAAAGUGUUGGAUCUUGGCUGUGGAUCUGGGUUGCUCGGUAUAGCGGCAUUCAAGGGAGGGGCCCGAGAAAUUCAUUUUCAAGAUUAUAACAGUACGGUGAUUGAUGAAGUAACCAUACCUAACGUAGUGGCUAACUUCACUGUGGAAGAUGAAGGAAAUGACGUCAACGAACCCGAUGUGAAACGACAGAGGAAAUCAAAAAUAGCACAAGAAUUAUGUAAAUGUCGGUUCUUUUCAGGGGAAUGGUCUGAGUUUUGUAAGCUAGUACUAAGUAGUGAGAACUUCUUUGAAAAAUAUGAUCUCAUUCUCACCUCAGAAACCAUUUACAAUCCAGAUUAUUACAGUACUUUGCACCAGACAUUCCUUGGAUUGUUAGAUAAGAAUGGACGGGUGCUUUUAGCAAGCAAAGCACAUUAUUUUGGUGUAGGUGGAGGCACUUACCUCUUUCAGAAGUUCGUAGAAGAAAGGAAUGUAUUUGAGACCAGAACACUUGAAAUAAUUGAUGAAGGACUAAAGAGAUUCCUAAUUGAAAUGACUUUUAAGUAACUGAUUUAUUGUCCACCAAGUGUCCUAAGUGAAAUAAACAACAUAGCCAAAAACUUGUUUCGAAUAUUUGAUUUCUGCUUUGCUGUUAUUAUUAUUUUUUUAAAAGAUUUUAUUUAUUUUAUUUGACAGAGAGAGAGAUCACAAGUAGGCAGAGAGGCAGGCAGAGACAGAGGGGGAAGCAGGCUCCCCGCUGAGCAGAGAGCCUGAUGCGGGACUCGAUCCCAGGACCCUGAGAUCAUGACCCGAGCCGAAGGCAGCGGCUCAAUCCACUGAGCCACCCAGGCGCCCCUGCUGUUAUUUUUUUAAUUAUGAUGUUUGUUUAUCCAAGUAAUAUACCAGCUAUAUUAAUAACAUGUACUUGCUAGGGAAGACUGAAUAAAUAGUGUCCUGAGCAUUUGA